GGGGCGUCCCCUUCCGCCCCUUCCGGGUCCCGGGCCCCGGGUCCGGGCAUGCCGCUCCUCCGGGGACUGGGGCUCUGGGGGCUCGGCGCCUACGCAGACUACAUCGCCGCGGCCAGAACCUCAGCUGCCCGCUGCGGCCGCGGCCCCAACGCACCGCCCACUGGGCCCCGGCCCCGCCCCUGCCUCCGCUCUGCUCAAAGGUGGGGGCCGCCGAGCCGGGCCACUACCACCACCACCACCGCCCGCCGAGACGCGGUGCCUGCUAGUGCCUACACCAUGGAGCGCCCCGAAGCGGAAGGAGUAAAUUCCAAUGAUUGUGAAAAUAUGCCAAGAGAAAAGGAAAUAUCAGAAGAAUUUGAAGCCAGUACUAUGGAUCCUCUGGUAGAUAUGCCAUUUGAUACUAUAAAUAUCAAAGAUGAUUGUGGACUUACUGAUGUGCCUCAGAUAGAUUUGGAGAAAGGUGAAGAAAAUAAAUGGAUCAGUAAAGAUCAAAUAAAGAAGAGGAAAAAAAAGCACAAAGACUAUCAACCCAACUAUUUCCUCUCCAUUCCGAUCACCAACAAAGAGAUUACAAGAGGAAUUAAGAUCCUACAAAAUGCAAUAAUCCAACAAGAUAAGCGGCUGGCCAAGGCAAUGACCAGUCAUGGCUCCUUUCACAUUACCCUGCUGGUGAUGCAGCUGUUAAACGAAGAUGAAGUGAACAUUGGUAUUGAUGCUUUGUUGGAAUUACAACCACUCAUAGAAGAAAUCCUUCAGGGAAGACACUUGACUUUGCCCUUUCAAGGGAUUGACACUUUUGGAAAUCAGGUUGGAUUUGUGAAGUUGGCAGAAGGAGAUCAUAUGAACCCACUUUUGGAGAUUGCAGAAGCUGCAAAACAGACAUUUCGAGAAAAAGGCAUCUUGGCAGGAGAAAGCAGAAGUUUUAAGCCUCAUUUGACCUUCAUGAAAUUGUCCAAAGUACCAUGGCUCCGGAAGAUGGGAGUGAAAAAAAUAGACCCAAAAUUCUAUGAAAAAUUUAUCAGUCACAGAUUUGGAGAAGAAACGGUGCAUCGCAUUGAUCUUUGUUCCAUGCUGAAGAAAAAGCAAAGUAAUGGUUAUUAUCAUUGCGAGUCUUCGAUUGCGAUUGGCGAGUCCUCUACCGUCCUGCAGAGCUGCAGAAAGGAUGUACCCAGCUGGCCAAGUGGCAAGAGACGUAUUGGAAUCCGGGACUUAAUUAAGGAAGCUUUGCAUCGAGAGAGAAUGGUUCUGAAGUCCAAAGUGAAACAGAUAAAAGAACUUUUAUUAAAGCCUGAGAUUCAGGCCAAAAUUAGAAGGGAGCUUUUUGAAGGAAGACCCAUUAACAACAGUAAUCAAGGAAAUGAUGUUGAUUCAGUGCAACUUUGACAUAAGGUCUGCCUUAAUAUCAUGGUACCAUAGUUUAUGAAAUGUUUUCAGCUGAUUAAAUAGCUCUUUGGUAAAUGCCAAAGAAGUGCUUUGAUAGUGUCUUUACUAUACAGCACACCAACAUUUGGUAAGGAUUUCACAACUUCUUGCCAAAGAAAACUGACUCUGCCCUGUUAUUUUUAUUUUUAAAGCUAAAUGUGUGUGGGAAUGUUUGUUUCUCUAGUAUCGAGGGUUAUUUUAUAAAAAGGACUUCUUAAUUAGCUGUUGUAAAAUGUUCCUUGGGUCCUCACAGAUAAAAUAUACAGACUAUGGAAAAUCAUUUACAGAUUAAAAAAAUAGAGUGUUUAAAGAGUCGCUUGCUUCCUGUUGACAUGAUUUUUGUUGUAGUAAUAAAUCAAAAAGAAGUAUCACCCACACGUGACUGUAUCUGGUGUUACUUUAAUGGAAAUUUGAAUGUUUAUUGAAUACUAGUACUUGAAUGAACAUUUAUAAAUGUAAUUAUUGCUAUCACUGGUUAAGAAUGUUUUAUAAUAGCCAUAUGUAUUAUUUUUCAAUGAUCAAAAUGUAGUUUGCCUUUUCAUUUCUUAAUGAAUAAAUGUUUGGGAUUUUUAUUUUCUACUUUUCUGAAGAUAAGCCCAGGUCUUACUGUAUUCCUUGUAAUCUGAAUUUGUUUGCACUGGAUUAUUUUUAAAGAAAAUUCUUGAAAAUUUUCCCCUUGUAUGAUGAUAAUUGUUAACAGCUUUUUCUACAAUCAUUGUAAAAUGCUGCUACUAAGAGAUUAUGAUGGAGGGGGAAAUUAUUAGAGAUCAAAUAUGUAAUCAUUUCAAAUAUAAAAUCCAGUUUACUCCUGGAAUUUAGCUAUUUUUUCACUGGGUAAAUUAUACUACAUUUAUUUAUAAAUGUGUUUUUGCAUUUUCAUGCUUCUUAAUAAACGUAUUGUUUUCCCUU